AUGAAAUUAAUUCGCGACGAGUGGAAGUUGGUGGUAUACUACAAUAUGACUACAUAUUGGUCGGGGCUAGAUUAUGCGCACAAAUAUAUUAACCACUUAACAGAAAUUUUAACAGAUUCGGAAAUUUCCUAUCAGUAUAAAAGUAUACUGUAUCAACUGCAACAUGAGCUCGGAGAAAUUGACCAUCACAACUCUCUUCUCAUGGUUCGACACGGAGCUACAAGGCAGAGAAGGGGAUUAGUUAAUGGAGUCGGCUACUUAGCGAAUACGUUAUUCGGUGUUUUGGAUGACAGAUUUUUACAGAAAUAUGAGCAAGAUAUUGAUAACGUCCAAGGCAAUCAAAAUCAUCUUACACAACUACUAAAGAACCAAACUAGCGUCAUUGAAGCCCAGAAUAAUAUACUGCACCUCAGCGCACAGAUAAUACUUUCCAGCCUAAGAAAUAUUCAAAAGGAUCUACUGGAUACAAUAAGCGACAUUUGGCAGGGACACAUGAAUUCUUACAUUCUUCCACCUGAGCAAUUACAAACGGAAAUUAGUAUCAUAUCUGGUCGUUUACCAACAGAGAUGGAAUUACCGGCUGAUAAAAACUAUAUCACGGAAUACUACAAGGUUAUGAAGAUGAACGCGAAGAUGGGCAGCAAAUACAUGGUGAUAGAGGUUAAACUUCCCUUACUCAGUAAAGAAUCCUUCCAAGUAGAUGAAUUGAUCAGCCUUCCUGUCAACGGAUUUAUAACAGAAAUUAAUACGCAGUAUAUCGCCUUUAAUUUACAAAAGGACUUAUUAAUUCCGUUGUCGGAUUCCGACCUAAAAUCCUGUCUCCACACCUCAUCGGAAAAAAUUAUCUGUGCAUAUCACAAACCACUAUAUCGAUCACGAAUAACAUCGAACCUGUGCGAACUCAUAAUAAACAAUAGAAAAUUAUGUAAUAUAAAACCGGCGCAUUGUACUGAAAGGUGGCUCAAAUUACAAAACAUUAACAGGUGGUUAUUCACGUGCUGCGAGGAAUGCACACUCCGUAUAUUUUGUGGUGACACUAUGGAUAUAUUGUCUGUAACGUUCAACGGGUUGAUUGAUGUAGGUCAAGGAUGCUCUAUUCACGGAAAGGAAUUUUUACUAUACGGAGAUAAUCAUUUUAUGAGUCACAUGAACGUUGAUCACAGUCUGCCAAUAACGAACCACUCCUCUGUGUUGAAUCAAAUUGUGAAUAUCUCCUCAAUCCUUCCCAGAGAAUUUUUAGCGGAAAACCACACUAAUAACUGAGAUGCUUCUGUUCUACUCGAUGAUGUGAUAAUUGUAACGACUCCAAGUUAUUAUAGGCACGAUUUAGUCUUAAUUGAGAGCACGAUCUUCGUUCGUUUCCUCUAUCAACUGGCGACGAAGCUGAAUGAAGGGUACUCUGACGAAUUUGCCAGGUUUUGGCGCCGAACCGACAUCUGCGAUUACGUGGUCAGGGAGGCGUCGCAGAGAACUUAUAUGAUAGAUGCGAGCGACCAACGGAGCUCGAUGCUAAAGGACCUCCCACCGCGAAAUUCGUUCGGAAGACUCGAUUCCGACGCGUUCGUAGCGCGGCUCACGAUCGGUGACGUGGUUUCCCGCUUUCUGUCUUUCUUCAUUUCUCACUUUCUUCGGAGCGUGUUACGCAAUGUUUGA